AUGGUCGUCAAUAGCAGCAAGUCGUUUGGACAUGCAGCCGCGAAAGAAUAUGAAGAAAACCAAGAUGACGAAAUCCCCGCCCAAUUUGAAUUAGACGAAAAUUGUACCCAUUACACCUCCUUGAAAGAAGUGCCCUGGGAUCUACAUAAAUACUGGCAGCAGCGUUAUAGCGUGUUCUCACUCUACGACAAUGGUAUCUAUAUGACAGAUGAUGCUUGGUUCGGCGUUACCCCUGAACCGGUAGCUACUCAAAUCGCUCAGGACUAUGCCUCUUCUACAUCGCCCACAAAAACAACUAUAAUUGAUAUAUUCGCUGGCGCUGGCGGUAACUCUAUCGCGUUCGCUCUCUCCAACCGUUGGGCCCAUGUCAUAGCCAUUGAGAAAGAUCCCUCGGUUAUUGCCUGCGCUGAAAACAAUGCCUACGUCUAUGGUGCCACAAACAUAACUUGGGUUAAUGGAGACUGUUUUGAGUACCUCAAGACCCACGCCUCUUCUAUUAAUCCUUCAGAAACUGUCAUUUUCGCAUCCCCACCAUGGGGCGGUCCUGGCUAUACUUCUGAAAAUAUUUUUGAUCUGAGUACUAUGCAACCAUAUUCUGUGCAGUAUAUUCACGAGGCAUGUAAGGCAAUGGAUACAGCAUUGUAUCUUCCACGAACCAGCGACCUCAGACAAAUCUCUUCAUUGUUGCCCGAUGGAAAGAAGGUUGAGCUUGUGCAAUAUUGCAUGGAGGGAGCGAGUAAGGCGCUAGUGGCGUAUAUCCCAGCCAUUCAAUGA